UUCUUCGUUAACUACUUCUUAUGCAACUGCGAGAUAAUUUGGGAAAGCAACAGAUUAAUAUCUAAUCGAGAACUUAAAGAGGACAAUUAAUAAUGGCGACUAGGUUUUUGGCGAAAAGACUCACGGCGGUGAAGGUUUCAAGUACUCCGGGGGGACAUUUCUCCGGUUGUGUUAUCCGACAAGCUACAACCGGAAUCAACUGCUUCUCAACCGGAUUUAAGCAAACGGCGGGCUCUACUCACUAUGGUCAAGGCUCGAACAAUGCAAACGACGAUAAGUCCACGGCGAGUUACGUAUCGGACAAGGCAAAGGAAGGAGUGAAGAAAGCAACCGACGCAGCAAUCAAUGCCGGAGAUAACAUGAAGGAUACGAUGGAAGGUGCGUGGAAAGCAGCCAAGGAAACUGGUCAAAACAUUAGCGAUGCGGUCGCGGGCGAUGAUGAUGAUGAUCACGGCAGGAUUCAAGAGGAUAAGGUGGCGGUGGAGUUGAAGGAUGUGCAACAGCCUGUGGAUACGACGGAGUAUAGAGGUGUGGAGGAUCUACAUCAGCAGACUGGCGGCGAAGUUAACUCACCCUAAGCUAGUGUUUUGGGGUUUCUAUCGUUUUUUUUUUUUUUUUUUGCAUUGUUGUUGUUUCAAUGAGAGGUUGCUCGUGGUUCAAGAUUUAUGAAUGGACCGUGGCUAGAUUUUCAUUACUAUUUUUUUUUAUCUCUAGGUUGAACUAAUGCAAAAUAAACAACCGCUCCGAACAAUUUUUAUAUGAUAA